AUCAGAUCAAAAGCCAAUUCACCACCACAAACACCUCUCUAGCAGUCAGCAUCGCCUUUUGUGCUUGCCUGCUUAAUUCACCUACAUACGCAUACCCGCGACAAGAUUCAGUCUCGAACCCUUCCCAAACCACUACUUAAACCGCCAAGAUGAGUGCGAACAAGACCUCGGCCGUCUCUGACGAGCCCAUUGACGUCCUUUUCGCUGUCCACGAGAAGUUCGAUCUUUUGGACUUUGCCGGCGCGCUCGAGGUCUUCAACACUGCCGCCCACGACUUCAAUGACCCUGAGAACAACAAGGCCUUCGAGAUCACCAUCGUUGGUCCUGAGCCCAAGGUCAUCUCGGACCAGGGUGUCAUCGUCGGCUCCCAGAUCUCCUACAAGGAGGCCCACGACCGCCUCGAGGACUUUGAUGUCCUCGUCGUCGUCGGCGGCAACUCCAAGCAGAUCGUCGAGAAGGAGCUCGAGCCCCUCAGCCUCAUCACCGACUUCUCGGAGCUCCAGAAGCGGGACCCUGCCCGCGAGCGUACCAUCCUCUCCGUGUGCACCGGUGCCCUCUUCCUGGGCAAGCAGGGCAUCCUCUCUGGCCUGUCUGCCACCACCCACCCCGACUUCUUCACCACCUUUGAGAACAUCUGCAGUGAUGCAGCCACCCAGAACCUCCAGGAGCGUACCGACGUGAUCGAGGACGCCCGCUACGUCGUCAACAACCUGCGAUUCGACCUCGGAGACGAGGACGAGAACCCCUACAUCCGCCGAAAGUCCGAUUCGGGACGCCGCCCUUCAAACGCCCGAAAGGGAAGCAUGUCGUUUAAGGGCUCCAACUCGCGCCGCGAGUCAAUCACUCGUCGUGCCGCGAUGCGGCUUGGUGGCCUCCGUGUGGUCACCUCAGGGGGUGUCAGCUCUGGCAUUGAUGCAGCUCUGUAUCUUGUCAGCGCUCUCGUUGAUGAUGCGUGUGCGGCGGAGGUGGCCAGAGUCCUUCAGUGGACCUGGAACAAGGGCGUUGUCGUCGAUGGUCUCGACGUCUAAGAUCCCUGGCAUUGAGUGCCGACUUGUAUGAGUUAAGAGUUUACGACGGGCUCAGGUAUAGCCCUGAUUUGAGACCAAUGUUUUUUGUAAUGUAGUUUCACGGAGACGAGCGGGAGAAACCUAAGAAAAUCCCAAAAAGACUAGGAGCUCUCUAUUCAAUUCAAUUUCUGUUUUGGUCACACUUUGACUCUCGG